CAACCGGACGCCCAGGCCCCUCUCCCGGGAAGAGAAGGGCGGCAGACCCGCGGCGAGGCUCAACUUUCCCUCCCGCCCCAGGAUCCACGCUCGGGACUGAAGCACCCGCUCCCCACCGCCACUCCGACCUCUGCGAGGGAAGCAUCCAAACCCCUGAGCCUCCGAGGCGGGAAUUUAGGAAGAGAGAGGAAGGGCUGGGACGAGAGGAAGGAGACGAAGAGCGGGCGAGCGAGCGAGCGAGGAAAAGAGCGAGCAGGAGCCAAGCGGAAGAGAGAGACGGAGAAAGGGAGGGGGAGAGAGAGAGAGAGAGAGAGGGAGGGGGCGACAUCGAGGCAGAAGGCGGAGGAGCCAUGCAGGGAGCCCCGAGGCCGGCGCUGUGGCAGGCUUCGGGCCGCGCCAAGGCUUGGGCGGCCGGGGCGUGAUUUCAGCACCCUGGACAGCCUCCCGGGCGGAGGAAGACGCGGCACCGGCGGCGGGGCAAGAGCGAGGCGCAAGCAAGGUCAGUCCGGAGCCCGAGCCAUGCCCAAGGGGGCCUCGCUGCUCUCCCUCCGCCUCCUCCUGCUCCCUCCUCCGCUGCGCCCCUCUGCAGCGGCUUCUGUCGAGCCCUAG